GUAAUAAGUAAUUUGAAAGCAAUUCUUCCCACAUCUUGUAUUGUUAUUCGAGAUUGCAAGAAACAACAGAUUCGGGAAGAGGAGUUGGUUACCGGUGAUUUGGUUAUAAUAACCGCUGGUGCUAUUAUACCGGCUGAUAUGCGCAUUUUACAAUCAAACGGUCUGAAGAUCGAAACAUCAGCUGUAACAGAUUGCAAGAAACAACAGAUUCGGGAAGAGGAGUUGGUUACCGGUGAUUUGGUUAUAAUAACCGCUGGUGCUAUUAUACCGGCUGAUAUGCGCAUUUUACAAUCAAACGGUCUGAAGAUCGAAACAUCAGCUGUAACAGGUGAUAAGGAAAUUUAUGAUUAUACAGAUGAAGUUGUCACAACAUAUCCAUCAGUAUUUGAAGCACGAAAUGUUGCAUUUAAGGGAUCAUUUUGUCUUGAAGGUGAUGGAAUUGGAAUUGUUGUACGAACUGGAAAAUACACGGUUCUUGGCUAUAUUAUAAACAUUCAUCAACAAGUUUGCAAAACACGAAGUAAAUUAAAAAUGGAAAUUGAUAAAUUUGUCAAUUUUAUAUCAAUUUUAGCAUUAAUUAUGGCAACAGUAUUCUUUAUGUUUUGUAGUAUCAUAAAUAACUUUCGAAAUGUUUUGGAUCAUUUCAUUAUCGGUUUCCUAAUUAUCAUCGUAGCAAACGUACCACAAGGUUUGCCAGCAAUGGUUAUUUCACAAUUAGCAAUUAUUGGUAGACGAUUAGCGAGUAAAAAUGUUUAUAUAAAAAAAUUGGAUAUUAUUGAUGACCUUGGUGCUACUACUGUAGUUGCAACUGAUAAAACUGGUACUCUUACACAAAAUGUAAUGGUACUCACCGAUUUAUGGUACAAUCGAAAGCAUCAACCAAUGAGAUUUAUUUCUUAA